AUGGUGGAAGAAAAUCCAACGACACCGCUCGACCCAAAGAAUCAAGUAGGUGGGGGAGGUGAUAAAUCCCCACCAGGGGCUCCGAGAAAGCCCGAAGGCAAACAUGGGCAGAAGGUGACAAGUAAGGGUAACCCCCUGACCGUUCUAGAUAGCUCCAAGAAUAGGGAGGGCAGGACGGCAACGGAGUCCACACGGAGGAGUAAAUCCCGCCGUGAAAGGGAAUCGGUUGCACACUCAAGAAGCAUGCACAACAGUGAAGAUAUCCUCGACAAAAAGAGGGGAGACAGACAUGCUAUGGUGGAGUACAAAAAGGCUCCUUCACAAAGAAGAAGGAGCAGAAGUCCUACUCCUAGGCGAAAUAGGGCUUCUCCACGAAAAAAGAGGAGCAGAAGUAAAAGUCGAACACUAGAGCGGCAGAGGACUUCUUCAUGA